AUGGCUUCUUUAAGCUUCUUAGCGUUGCUCCUUUUUGCCCUUUUUAUCAUCCCUCGUGGUCUUGCCAACUACUUUGAGCCUCCUGAAUAUAAUCCACCCGUUGAGAAACCUCCACCAUUUGAGAAGCCUCCGUUUUACCAUCCGCCGGUAGAGAUACCGCCUAUAUACAAACCACCAGUUUAUCAUCCUCCUGUAGAGAUACCACCUAUAUACAAGCCUCCUGUUGAGAAACCUCCGAUUUAUAAACCACCAUUUGAGCAUCCUCCUUGGUACAAGCCACCAGUUGAGCAACCUCCUGUGUACAAGCCACCUGUAGAAAAGCCUCCAGUUUAUAAGCCACCUGUGUACAAUCCACCAGUAGAGAAACCUCCGAUUUACAAACCACCAGUAGAAAAACCUCCAAUUUACAAGCCACCAGUUGAGCAGCCACCUGUGUACAAACCACCAGUAGAGAAACCUCCAAUUUACAAGCCACCUGUUUACAAACCACCAGUAGAGAAGCCACCUAUAUACAAACCACCAGUAGAUAAACCACCUGUCUACAAACCACCGGUAUAUAAGCCACCAGUAGAGAAACCACCUAUCUACAAGCCACCAGUCGAAAAUCCUCCUACUUACAAGCCACCUGUAGAAAAACCACCCGUGUACAAGCCACCAGUUGAGAAGCCUCCUACUUACAAGCCACCCGUGUACAAGCCACCAGUCGAGAAGCCACCUGUGUACAAGCCCCCAAUUGAGAAUCCUCCCAUUUACAAGCCUCCUGUUUAUACACCACCGAUUCAGAAUCCCCCUAUUUAUAAGCCUCCAUUUGAGAAGCCACCAAUUUAUCGACCUCCAUAUGAACACCCACCAAUUUACAAACCUCCACAUGAACAUCCACCGAUUUACAAACCACCAUUUGAGGAGCCUCCAUUUUACAAACCUCCACAUGAACAUCCACCCAUUUACAACCCACCAUUCCAAGAACCACCUGUUUACAAGCCUCCAUUCGAGGAGCCUCCAGUUUACAAGCCUCCAUUCGAGGAGCCGCCUCACUAUCCAAAGUACCCUCCGGUAGAUGAUGCUACUCGUUUCUAG